AUGUCGACCGCCGCUCGGCGGGAGGAGAUUCAACGUCAGCUACAACAGCUGCGCGAUACGCGUGAGCGCGAGCUGGCCGCGUUCGACGUUGUUGCCGGCGCGCACCCGGAGUUAUCGGUAACGGAGAUCACCGCCUUGGCGCAGAGGAAGGCCGAGGCGGAGGUGCCGCAGAGGCUGUCAGUGGGUGGCGUGGAAGUGUCCGUGGGAGCGAGAGUGUCUGUAAAGGAUGACGUUCACUUACUGCACCGCGCCGAUCGCGGCCACUUCGCUGCCGAUCCCCUCAAGGCAGUGUACCUUGGCGAGCAAGGCCAGGUGAUGCGGGUGAUGAAGUCCUUUCAGGGAAAGCCGGCUGUGGAGCUUCGCUUCGCCGACGGUGUUACCAAGGUUUUCUUCGUUGAGUGCCUCGCUCUCUCACAGGAAAGCGAGGACACAGGUGCAGGGACAAGCGGCCGCGCCGCCGCUCAGCACGCCGACCCGACAAGGGGAGUCAAGAGCGUAUCAAGUGCGAAGGCAUUGCUGCCGCCACCAUCAGCACCACAGGCCGAAGCGCUGCCGGGGUGGGGUCACUUGUGCAUGCCGCAUCGUCGGCCAUCUGUGCCAUUGAGUGCUGCUGUGCUGCCAGCGUUCAUUCCACCACCGCCCCCUCCCACUGUUCACGAAGCUCGUGGCACCGCUGCCAAGCGUGCGGCGCCGAUCCCAGCGCGAGCGUCAUCUUUUCCCGCCCCUGCCGCUCCCGCUACAUCGCAGGCGGCCGAGCAGCCGGCGAAGAAGUUAAUCAUUGAGGCGCGGAAGAAGCCGACUGCGGCCGUCCCAACGGCUCGCUCGGUUGUGAAGAAAGAACCGCCGCGCGGGCCGUGCCGGCCAUCGUCGGCUUCGCAUGUGAACGCGCACCCACCGUCAGCGACAGUGGACCGAGCGCAGCCGAGUCUUCUGCCGGCUGUUGCGAUGGACGGAGUUGUUGAAGGUUUGGGGUCGCCCAUGUCGUGUGCAAUGCAGGACGGCGGGCCGUGCUGCACCAGUACCACCGCAGACUCUGAGGGCACACCAGACCUUCGCCCAACGCCGGGCUCCUCCAUGUGUGACAUCGAUGCUUUGGUGGAUGCGGAGAGGGCGGUGGACUCCGCCGGUGCGGCCGCUGCCAAGGCAGCUUGCUUCCAUAAGGCGUGUGCGACGCCAAAUCAUUCAUCGCGGGAUCUCCGCGAUGAGGUCGGAGCCCUGACUCGGCGACGAUCCAGUGGUGCAGACAACUCAGGCACAAGACUGUGCUGGUUCGCCGGCCUCACCGAGCCUGGUGGCAACCUCUCCGAGCCGGUCCGCAUCUCACUGCAGGCGCAGUGCACCACAAUGUUUGCAGUCUUCGCUGUCGUCACUCGCAAGCUGCGCUGGGACAAGCAGCGUCUCACAGCCACCCGUCUCUUCACAGACAAGGGUGUUGAAAUCAAGUUGGCAGGCGCUGUGCACGAUGGCAUGCGGCUUGUGGCUACCACAGGGUGUGCCUACAAGUGCGACGGCGUCACAUCGCACUUCGCCGCCGUGGGCGAUGCUCGCCCCUCCCUUACCGCUCCGGGUCGCGUAGGGAAGACUCCGCGCAUCCGCCCCAACCCAGCCGCGGCAAGCACUGGGGUCGCUCCUGCCGCAGCUUCGAGCAGCGCUCCUAGCACAACCGCAUCUUCCUCUGCACCUGCGCCUCCUUCAAGGAAAGCUGCCGCUAUGCCAAAGCAGUCAAGCACUGCGACGGUGUCGAAACGCCUUGCGCCUUCUCCAUUGACGGCAGCGAAGCCCAUCCACAUUCGCGUCUACGAGAACGGUCUCUACGACGACAAUAUCUACCGCACCGUCACGGUGCGUCCAACGUACAAGACGCUCGCUACUCUCAAAACUGUUAUCACCCGUGAGUUGCAAUGGCGGGGUGGAAAAAAGGUGAGCCUUCUGUUCGAUGCCUCGGGUACGGAGGUUGUUGAGCUUCGCGAUCUUCUUGACGGUGACGCAGUCGUCGCCUCGGCAGGUGACCGCUUUGUUAUUCCUUACCCGAACACCGCAAUUCACAAAGAAGCCAUAAAGCUAUCCGAGCGUUUGUGCUGA